GCAACGUUCUCUGAUCUCACCUAUAAAUAUAACAAAGCUCUUAAAUCAAUUGCUUCUUAACGAGAAAGAGAAACACUCUUCUUCUGAAUUUUUUUUUUCUUCUUUCACUAUUUUAAAUAAUGGGUCGUCGCAACCCUGCUUUGAUAAUGUUCCUCUCUUCUUCUCUUCUUAUUGUCCUUCAAAACCUCGACGUCGUUAACGCCGUCACGUGUAGCGGAAGCUUCAUCAACGGUAACAGCAGCUACUUUCAGAAUCGCCACGAUCUCUUCUCCACUCUAGCCUCAAAAGUCGUCGCCAACGGCGGAUUCUACAACGCCUCACUCGGUAAAAGUCCUAACUCAGUUCACGCUCUUGUCCUCUGCCAAAGAGGCUACAAUCGACAAGACUGUAUCAGUUGUGUCGAAAAAGUGACACAGGAGAUAGAAACUGGUUGUCCAAACCGCAUGGAUUCGUUCAAGUGGGACAAUGACGAUGGAGACCAUGUUUCUUGUCUUGUAAGUUCCUCAAACCACUCAACUUUGGGGAACCUUGAGCUUGAACCUUCUGCGAUAUAUCCAAAUGCACUUAGUAUCGAGUCAUCGAAGGACAUGACGCUUUUCAGACAACAGUGGGAAGCAACGGUUAAUCGGACCCUCGAGGAUGCCACGGAAGCUGAAACCUCCUCCAUACUUAAGUACUAUAGUGCUGUAGAAGCCGAGUUCACGGAGUAUCCAAAUGUAUACAUGCUGAUGCAAUGCACGCCCGACAUAACUUCCCGAGAGUGCAAGAUAUGUUUGGAAAAGUGUGUGACAUAUUUUAAGAAACAGUUUUGGGGAAGACAAGGAGGCGAGGUUAGUCUUCCGAGCUGUGUUUUCAGGUGGGAUCUAUAUGCUUUCCAUGGUGCUUUUGAUAAUUUAACAAGGGUUCCUGCACCUCCUAGAUCUCCGGCUCAGGCAAACGGAACCUUUAUAACUGACAAGAAAGGAAGAAGCAUCAGGUAUAGCAGAAUUAUUGCGAUUAUUGGGGUUCCUACUCUCAUUAAUCUGUUGGUAUUUAUUGGUCUCAUAAAAUUCUAUGUUCGGAGGAAAAACUCAUACAACGGAUACAAUAAUGUUGGUAUUGCAGAGUACUCUGAUUCUAAUGGCCAACCUAUGUUACGGUUUGAUCUUGGUACAAUUUCAAUGGCAACCAAUGAUUUUUCGUCCGAAAAUAAGCUUGGCCAAGGUGGAUUUGGUGCGGUCUAUAAGGGGACAUUACCAAAUGGGCAAGAGAUAGCUGUGAAGAGAUUAACCAAAGGUUCAGGACAAGGGGAGAUAGAGUUUAAGAAUGAGGUUUCACUCUUGACAAGGCUCCAACACAAGAAUUUGGUUAAGCUUCUUGGAUUUUGUAAUGAAGAAGAUGAAGAGAUUCUUAUCUACGAGUUUGUCCCCAACUCAAGUCUUGAUCACUUUAUUUUCGAUGAAGAGAAGCGUUCACUUCUUACGUGGGAGGUGCGAUUCAGAAUUAUAGAAGGCAUUGCUCGAGGUCUACUUUAUCUUCAUGAAGAUUCUCAGCUAAAGAUUAUUCACCGAGACUUGAAAGCAAGCAACAUCCUUUUAGAUGCGGAGAUGAACCCUAAAGUUGCAGAUUUCGGGACAGCAAGGUUGUUCGAAGAAGAUGAGACGAGAGCUGAAACAAGACGAAUAGCUGGAACCCGUGGAUAUAUGGCUCCUGAAUACCUGAAUCACGGGCAAAUCUCAGCUAAGUCUGAUGUAUAUAGCUUCGGUGUUGUGCUUCUAGAGAUCAUAAACGGUGGGAAAAACAAUAGCUUCAAAGGAGAAGGACUUGCAGCUUAUGCAUGGAAGAGAUGGGUUGAAGGAAAGCCUGAGAUUAUAAUCGAUCCUUUCUUGGUAGAGAAUCCGAGUAACGAGAUCAUAAAGUUGAUUCAGAUUGGUUUGUUGUGUGUUCAAGAGAAUGCAGGGAAGAGACCAACCAUGAGCUCAGUAAUAGUUUGGCUAGGCAGUGAGACUAUCACCAUUCCUUUACCUAACACUCCUGCUUUCACUGGAAGCAUGUCCCAAUCUGAGAAAGGUACAACGUCAAUAAGCAACGUCUUCACGGAGUUGAGUUUUCGAUGACUUGUUUCGAUCGUUUUGUUUGCGUACACUAAUUCAACGUCAAUAAGCAAGUGUCCAUCGCCACUACUAAGUUUGGGACUGGAAUACUGGUGACAUCCAAUAUAAUAAAAA